ACUUCGCUGUAUCCCUUUGACGGAGAGGACAGAGGUUUUUGGUGUUUUUUUUAAAUCUGGUAUCCAGGCUAUAAUGGCGAAGAACUGCAAUUCUCUAGGGAUUCCUCUUGCCCACAUGAGUCAGGCAGUGUCAGAUGGAGAGCUGAACAUGACUGCGCGGGGCUGCGGAGGCAGCAGCUCCAGCCUUCCAGGGACCCCAGGAGGGGACGUCAACUCCGCCAACAGUGUGCUGAGCUGGGCCGUCUCUUUUGAGAAGCUGUUGGAAGACCCCCAUGGGGUCUGUUACUUUACGGCCUUUUUAAAGUCCGAAGUGAGUGCAGAGAACAUUUUAUUCUGGCAAGAAUGUGAAAAGUUCAGGAAGAUUCCAGCCACAUCUUUGGAUCAGUUGAAAGCAGCAGCUCGCUCCAUCUAUGGCACUUACCUGUCUGACAGCGCUCCCUACAGUGUGAACAUCGAUGACACUGCCAAGACAGAGGAGAAGGAUCUGGAGAAACCCACUCCUGACAUGUUUAACAGAGCUCAGGCUCAGAUUUUUAAACUGAUGAAGAUGGACAGCUACCGGCGCUUUGUGCGCUCUCCUCUCUAUCAGCGAUGCAGCUUGGCAAGUGUAGAAGGUAAACAUCUACCUCAGCUCUCGACAGAGCCCGUCCGCAUGGGGUCAUGGGACGACAUGGCCAACAAGAGCCCCGCAAGUGACAAGAAGAACAGGAAGUCCGACUCCAAUAGUCUACCAAGUGGUACUAGUGUCUCAGAGAAACAGCGACAGAAAAGAGGAUCCUGGGGAGAUGCAUCAAACGGCUCAGGUCCUCUGAAGCAGUCAAAUAUGUCGAUCAAAUCAACCAGCAGUGUGGAGCUUGGCUCCCUCUGCAGACAGAUGGAGAACGGUCGGCCGGGUCCCACCUCCCGCGAUCAGGCUGCUGGCAUCGGGAGCCGUAUGGGGGUGGAGGGGGGUUACUGCUGUGUCUACCUGCCCGACGGCAGCGCCUCCCUGGCCCCUACACGUAAUGGGCAGCCCAUCAAGGACAUGCUGGCCAGCCUGUGUGAGAAAAGGGGCUUCCCAUUAAAAGACGUGAUGAUUUACCUUCAUGGCAAGGACAAGCCCUUGUCACUGGACCAGGACUGCUCCGUGCUGAGAGAUCAACAGGUCUCUCUUGAGCUCAGGGUGACAUUUGCGUUGGAGAAUGCCUUUACUGGUAAAACAGUGGGAAUCAUGGUGAAGUCCAGUAAAACACUGCAGGACGCCCUCUGUUCAGUGAUGCAAAAGCACCAUCUAAAGCCGCAAGAGACAGCGGUAACCAUGGUUGGAAGUGACGAGCCUGUGAACCUGAACUGCUCUGUGUUCAGACUAGCCAAUAAGACGCUGCGGUUGGAAAGAGCCAGAGGUAAAGAGCAGACCAUUAUUCCCAGAGGAGGGAGUUCUUCUCCUACUGCACAGGCAGGAUCAGGGAGUGGAGGCCUGGAGCCUCGAUCAUCGACUCAGACCGACAGAGUCCGGACGCAGCAGAGACCCAGUAAGAACCGCGACAUGGACGGAUUUCUGGACAUGCUGACCAGAGCUCAGUGCUGCAGAGUAGAUGACCAGCGAGGCCUUCUGACCAAAGAACAGCUAGAGAUCCCUUCAUUCCUGCAGCUUUCUUCAGACCAGGGACAGAAUACAGACGAUUCAAGUGUAACCAGCUCUUCCACUACCGACUCCAAAACAGAGUCAGGGGACAAUGCAGAUGUUCUGGCUCCGGCUCCAGCUUCGGCUCCAGCUCCGGCUUCAACUCCAGCUCCAGCUCCAGCCAAUAAAUCUGAGGAAAGUUCUGAUGCUCCUAAAUCUGAAUCUAAAGACUUGAGGGAAACAACAGUUUGACGCAGAAUUGUGUGGAAAGACAAAGUCUUAAAACCCAUUGCAUAUCUAACAGAAAUAUGAUCUGAUUUAUGUAAAAAGAUAGUUGUUGGUCCAGAUGCACUUUCUUUAAUGAAUAAGCUCACACUUGGCAGUAUUUUCUUUGGCCUCAGCCUUUGAUCAAAUGGGCUUUUGAAGGCAAGUGUAGAUGGGUGAAAACAUUCUGGCAAACAUUUGUGUAAUUUUUAAAACACUACAGAUCUUCCCUGGAGAAUGUUUGCUACGAAUCUAUACUGCACCCAUAAAUGCAUAAAACGUUUGACCUUAAAAUUGCACCCUGAAACAUGUUGUACAGAUUAAUUCACCCUCGAACCUGCAGUCGACUCUAAAGCAUACGUGUAUGUCUGCAGAGGAAGCAUGGACUGUUCUGAGUAGCCCUGUUAAACGUGCCUUGCAUGUCUGUGUCUUAUGAUUUCUAAAUAUUUUAUGAAGAUUAGCUUUUAUUACUUGAAAUAUGUGUUUUCUUGUGUGGGCACUUGUUUAUUUGUAAUGCAUGUUUUGCAUUGUUUGUUGUGAAGGCACUUUGUGAAGCUCUGGUCAUGCCUCGUUCCCUGCCACUUCCAAUUGCAUUUCGGGAUUCCUAAAGUUAAAGGGUGACAGAUUCAGUGUUAUGUUACCUAGCAAAACUUUCAACCGACUCUGUUAAUUUGUUUGCAAGGAAAGGCGUUAUAUUUUUCAAUAAAUCCGAGGUCGGUUUCUGCCUGAAAGAA